AUGUUAAAAGCUCUGCCGCUUUCAAAUAUUUCAGAGAAAUUACCAUUACCGUAUUUACCAAAGCGUUUUUCUGAUUCGACAAAAGAAGCAAUCAAUAAAUUAAGAGAUCAAUUACGUUACUAUGCUGUAGUAGAUAUUCGAUCUCAAAAAUUUUUAAUUACCAAAAACGAUAUUGUGAUCGCACAUAGGUUGCGUGAUGUGAACGUUGGAGAUGAAUUAAGAUUAAAUCGAGUGCUUGAAUUGGGAUCCAAGGAUUACACGAUCAAAGGACAACCUUUUGUUUCUGAAGCAUUUUACAAUAUUAAAGCUACAGUACUUGAACAGCCUAAAGGCCCCUUUAUUCAAAUAUUUAAAAAGAAACCGAGGAAUCGACAUAGGAGACGGAUCACACAUAAACAGACUUAUACGGUUUUGAGAAUUUCAGAGAUUGACGUUAAUAAAUUUGAAUGA